AUAAUAUUUAUGUUGAGUGCUAUUGUCCGUUCUACAAAACAGACUUGUCCUGAAGAAGUUUCGAAAGAAGGCAUCAGUGUAACGUGGCAUAAAACACCGACGGCACACAACAUCGAGUCAGAUCCGCUCUGUUACCGCGAUGAAAUCUUAAUCACAAGGAACUGUUCCUACAACGGCUGGGUGCCAUCACUUGAUGAUAUUGGUCCUUGUUUAAAAGUUGUCAAAUAUUUCGAUGUAAAUUCUUGCCCGCCUGGAUUUUACAAAGUUUCCGAAAAUAUCAACGAGUUUUGCUAUCAAAUAGGUGAACCCUCUGUUUGGGAUUCCCCUUGUUUUUCCAGUGGUGGAGCUUCAGUGAUAACAGAUUUAUCUGCUGGAGAAGUCGAUUUUUUACUAAAUUCUCUUAGAAGUACAAACACAUCCAAAUAUUUCUGGCUACCAGCAGCAAGACAAAAAUUAUUCCAUCCCGUAGUGUGGACUAUUCCGGGACCAAAUUGGGGCCAACGUGUUAUAUCAAGUGACUUCUUAAAUUUGUAUACACCCUUCACAAAAAAUUGUUUACUAUUAGAUAUAGAACGAGAGGCACUUGUAACAGAUGUAUGUACCAAGAGCUACCCCACCUUAUGUUUUUACAUAAAUGAUCACUAUUAUCCCUCACGAUGUCCCGAUGGAUAUCAGUCCUUUCGAUUUAAACAUGAUAAUGGCACAUGUUUUGGUAUAGAAAAAGCUGAACCAGGAAUGUCAUUUAAUGAUUUUCUUCAAAAUAAAUGCAAGACACCUAUGGUUAAUGUUAAUAGCGAAUUAAGUAGAUUUGUUUUCAAAAAAAUAUCUGAUAUAAAUAAUAUGACAAAUGAUAUGUGGUGCUGGCUUAAAACUUAUAAAGAUUCUUAUGAAAACGAUGAUGAGCCAGAGACCAUGAGUAGCAAUGAUUCUCGAAUUAUGAAGAGAGUUUCAUACGAAGGUAUUGUAAACAGUGCUGGAGUUUUAGGCUAUAUCAACUCCAACACGCCUCUGCCGUGUAUGGCCUGUGAGGUAGAAAUAGCUUAUGGUAAAACGGAAUUUAUGUUCGAAUACAAUGAAGCACAAAAUAAAAUUUUCCUAACAGUUUACUAUCCCUCAGGAUUAUGGAAAUAUGACAAUACUGAUAAAGGAAUUCAAUGUUUUUCUGAUGCAAAAGGUUUCUUUAGAGUCGUGGAUGUUAAUGAUUUACCUUUUAUCGAAGCAAACUCAUCUCUGUUUUCUGACUUAGUUAACAUUGAAAAAAUUGUAUAUGUUAUCGAUCUUGUUACUGAUAGUUCUGCUCAAUAUUGGUGUGAAGGUCACACUAUUGACUUUAAUUUUAUUAGUACAGACAAAAUUAUUGCGAAUCCCAAGGGUAACAAAAUUCAUGUAUUUGCACUUGUAAUCAAAUAUUAUGUUUUACUCGAAAACGUUGAAGAAGAUGUAGACCUGACAGGAUUAACGGAUAAUAUUACGGAUAUAUUUUUAGCAAAAAAAGUUUUACUCAUGGCUGUAAUUGAUUAUUCCUCGGAUCACAUGAUGAUUUUAUUACACUUGCAUGUCGAUGUUGAUGAUAUACAUGAUGACGAGGCUCUAAAUAUACAAGACACAUUUAAUAAUUUAACACUCAUUGCACAGUUGGAAUUACCAAAAUAUAACUAUAUUUUUGUGAACUUGUCGAGUUCUGCAGUUUGUUUGCCAACAACUUCAGAAAAUGUCAAUGUUUUAGACUGGGAGAUGACACCUAUAGGCCAUAUUUCAGCUCCUAAACAGUUUUGUUUACAAGCUAAUGGAUUACCAGUAAAACGACAUUGUAAGGGAUCCUAUGAAACAGGUGGUGUUUGGGGUGAAGUAGAAGGCUUUUGUGAUAGUACUUACGCCCCAUCUGAAGCCACAGCUUUUCUAUAUAAUUUUGUAAAGAGACAGAUGCCUAAUAAGUAUGCUUCCAGGUUUUUAACUGAUGGUCUAAAUUUUGUACUCAGUGAUACAGAUAUAAUAAUUCCUGCUGAUAUAUAUUAUUUAUCUAUGUCUUUACAACAUGUAUUAGAUAUAGCUGAGCAAAAUGCUACAUCAGUAGAUACUGGUGAUAUAGAAAAUAUAGCCUGGGUCAUGGAUAGAAUGAUGGUUCUCGAUUGUAAUUAUUUACGUUUAGCCCAAACACUUAAUUCAACCAAUGUAAUAUUAGAUUCUGUUAGUGACAUUAUAGAAUUGAUAGCACAAAGAACUUUAGUUGAUUCUGCAGAGUUAAGCAAUGUUUCUUAUCAAUUUGCAUUAAAACCUCAGUUUAUAGUCCAAAUCACUUAUCCAGAAUAUAAUAAUAUAACUGGUAUAGCUGUUAUUAGAAAUUCAGUUUCUGAUAACUUUGCAGAUAUGCUGGUUCAACCAUUGUAUAAAAAUACUAGUAUAGAUGAAGUUCUUUCUAUCGACAAAUUAGAAAUCGCUACGUGGUUACCUGAAAAGGUUUUAAAUACACUCCAAAGGAACACAAAUGAAAGCGCUGAACAUACGAGUGAUUUUUUACACAUUAUUAUAACAUUUUUUUAUAAUGACGCAAUUUUUCAAGAAUUGGCAUCUGAUAAACAUACAGUCAAUAGUCGGAUCGUAGGAAUUUCGAUACCAGAGUAUAUUUCAAAUCUAGAAUAUCCAGUACCACUUAUAUUUAGGCAAAUAAAACAUACAGAAAAUAUUGAUUGUGGUUAUUGGGAUUUUCAAUCUCAGCGCCUAAACCACAAUUUAGGUUCUUGGAAAAAACAAGGAUGUUUUGUGGUGAAAGUUAUAAAUAAUAAAGUUGUUUGUGAGUGCUACCAUCUUACUCAUUUUGGACAAUUACUAGCAUUGCCCAACAAUACCGAUGAUGAAGAUAACCAUAUCAGCAAAAACCAUACAUUAGCUUUAAAUAUUAUAACUUUGAUUGGAAGCUUUAUGUCACUAUUAGGAAUAUGUGGUAUUUGGAUAACAGCCCUUGUAUUUAGUAAUUGGAGAAAAAAAGCAGGAACUAAAGUUCUUCUUCAAUUGUCAACUGCUAUAGCAUUACCAUUGGUGUUUAUUUUAGUUUUUAAUUUAGACUGUUCAAUGUUCAUCAAAGUGAAUGAUUUGUACGCUGUGGCUGAGCAUAAAAUAUAUCAAUGUAUAAUUUUAGGUGCCUUGCUACAUUUUUCUAUAUUGUCUAGUUUUAUGUGGAUGUUAAUAACUGCUAUUUUACAGUUUAUAAGAUACGUGAGAGUGUUAGGAGUUAGUAGACCUUCACGGUUUAUGGUCAAGUUUACUUUGGUCGGCUGGGGUAUACCUUUGUUGCCAGUGGCUCUUACUUUAGCCCUGGAUGCUAAAAAUUAUAUUCCAAGUCCAUCACUAUCUAGAAGUAUUUGCUAUCCAAAUGGGUACUAUAUGAUCGCAAGUGUAUUAUUUCCUAUUUGUCUUAUUUUGUGUGUAAAUGUAACUUUAUUUAUUUUAGUUCUUCAUGCCAUAUCGCGAGGACCUGAUCAAAAAAUGAAAUCGACUGACAUGGAUUUGGUCGGUGCACAGCUUAGAGUUUCAAUAUUUUUAUUUUUUUUAUUGGGGUUGACAUGGGUUUUCGGUAUAUUUUCAUUUUCGAACCAUUUACUUUGGUCUUACCUUUUUUGUUUAACAUCAACGUUGCAAGGAUUUGUAUUGUUCAUUUAUUUUGUUAUUUGUGACCCAAAUACUAGGAAUCAAUGGAUAACAUUGAUGAAACCACAGUUCAUAUCAAACUCUUCUAGGAAUAGUAUUACGAGUAUAACUAAUGGAUAA